GGGGCCCCCAGCCCCAGGAACCUGGAGAGCUUCUCCAUCCUCACAGAAGGACAGAGGGGGGCCACCCCUCCCUCCCUGCCAGCUCCCUGGCUGGCCAGGUCCCCCACCUCCACCCCUGCCAGAGCCCAGCCUGUGGUGAGAAGCAGAGCGAAAGACUUCACCCACAGCAUAUGGUUUCUAAACCACAGGCAGGACAGAGUGCUAAGAAUGAAGGCAACUCCACCUGCCUGGCAGUCACAAAAGAGUCGUCGCUUGGCUGAAACUCUCUUCCCUGUGUCCCUCAGAACAGCCCAGGCCAACCUGAAGGCACAGCUCACCAAGGGAAAUGCACACAGCGACCUGAGCCCAGCAAAGAGGCCUGGGUUCUGGGCACAGAGGAGCCUCAUGGACUCCCCUCCAGGAGGCUUCCCGUCAGCACCAGGGGACCUGAGUGUGUCUGCUGCAGACUCUGCCUCGGGCUCAACCUCAGCCCCCACACACAUCACCUCCCCAGUGCUGCCGUCCCUGGGGGUCGGGUUAGAAACACAGCUGAAUCACUUGCUGCAGCCGCUCAUCCCUGACUACAGCGUGAGAUGGCUCAUCGCCCAGGUCGUCAGCGUUUUGAAAAUGGACUGUGCUGAGCCCCCCGUGUCCCCCUCCUGUGCCAAGCUCAUCUCCAAGUCUCGCCUCCUGCUGAUGCGUCUGACUGAGCAGCUGGAGUCCACGGUGUCCCAGGCCCAGUGGGAGCAGCAGCAGCUGUAUUCUGACCCCAUGGUCACGGAGGGGACAGAAGCCCAUGGCAAGCAGAAGGGACAGCAGACGCCUCGGAUGUCCAGAGAACAUGUUCUUGAAGACAUGUAUAUAUACAACUGGAUCAUCGGGGCAUUAGCAGCCCUGGUUGUAAUGAUGAUACCUGUCAUCAUCACCACCAUUGCCUUCUGCGUCAGGCACAGAAGAGCCAGAGUGGAAGAUCCAGAGGCCGGGUGGAACCCCAGCGAAGAGGCCGAGCCUGCAGAAUCAGCCAGUUACAGCGAGAGUGAUGUGCUAGUGGAGGUGGUCAUCUAGUGAUCUCAUCCUGCGAGUGACCAGCAAAGCUUAUUUUUCCCUUGUCAAUAAAGAUGUUCUUAUCUCCUAUUAAAAAAAAAAACUGGAAA